UUCCGCGGGCCUUGCGCUAUCUCGUUCCUCUCUCCUGCAGCGCGGGGCGCAGUCCUUCAGCUCUCCGGGCAAAGCAGAGAGGUCCCGCCCGGCUCUGCGCGCUCCUUUCCCGGCGACUCUCGCAAGAGGCGGCGGCUUGAAGCUGAGCUUGGGGAUCGUCAUGGCCGGGCGCGACCUCUCCUCGCUCGCCCUCUGGCUCCUGCCGGGGCUGCUGGUGGCGUGCGUGGACGCCGCCGGCCUCUACUUCCAAGAAGGUCAGAGCUGCUACAAGCCGCUUCCGCGCAACCUCCCCGGAGUCCGAACCUAUCCUCGUCCACAUGAAUAUUUGGAUAUCUCUAAGUUGCCCAAGAGUUGGGACUGGAGAAGCAGAGAUGGAGUCAAUUAUGCGAGCACCACUCGAAACCAGCACAUCCCCCAGUAUUGUGGAUCAUGUUGGGCUCACGGCAGCACCAGUGCCUUUGCAGAUCGCAUAAAUAUCAGGAAGAAAGGUGCCUGGCCCUCGGCGUAUCUCUCUGUUCAAAAUGUGAUUGACUGUGCCAAUGCUGGAUCUUGUGAAGGUGGGGAUGACAGUGGCGUGUGGCAAUAUGCUCAUGAACACGGCAUCCCGGAUGAAACAUGCAACAAUUAUCAAGCUAAAGACCAAGCAUGCAAGAAAUUUAACCAAUGUGGAACAUGCACAACCUUCGGGGAAUGCCACGUGAUAAAAAACUACACCCUCUGGAAAGUAGGAGAUUAUGGCAAUGUGAGCGGUCGAGAGAAGAUGAUGGCGGAAAUCUAUGCAAAUGGACCAAUCAGUUGUGGGAUCAUGGCUACCCCAGGCCUGGACAACUACACCGGAGGAAUUUAUGCUGAAUAUCACUCUGAAGCUUUCAUCAACCAUAUUAUCUCUGUGGUUGGUUGGGGUGUGGAAGGUGGAACUGAAUACUGGAUUGUCCGCAACUCGUGGGGAGAGCCGUGGGGCGAAAAAGGAUGGCUGCGCAUCGUGACAAGUACAUAUAAAGGCGGGAAAGGAGCAGACUAUAAUCUGGCUGUUGAAGAAAUGUGCACAUAUGGAGACCCCAUUGUACCUUGAAUUCUAUUGCAAGAAUUCAAUUUUUCAGCCAGUUGUUUAUUUUUGAAAGGGAAAAUUGCUUUCUGCAGGAUGGCUACACAUGGACUGAUAAUUAAACUGAGAUUUCAAUCUUCUUUUUUAAUUAAAGAUUUUGCAUAAACUAUCAAAAUGAAUGUACUGAUUGCGCUGAGAAAACCUGGCACUGUUUUUC